AUGGUGUGCCCAAUUACACUUACAAAGUUCGUCGGGACAGUGUCUCUCGGCCUCUUGACGGGCCUUUCCUACUCCUCCGCCAACAUCACCAUUCCCUCCCUGCAACACCUCCCAACCUCCUCCACCGCCGCCCGCUGCCUCGACGAGAUCAAGCGGUUAAGCCGCAAACACGCCCUCCGGCUCGCCAACAUCGCCAACGGCUGCGUCCUGAUCGCUUUCUUCGUCUCCCCAGCCCACCGCAAACAUCCCUACCUGCUCUGGGUGUCCAUGGUCUCGACCUUGGGCUCGUACGGCGUCGACUUCUGGUUCCACCGGGACAUCGGGUUGAAAGAGUGGUUUCUCAGCUUGGUCCGGGAUACCCAGCUGCUUCCUAGCGGCUGUCUUCCGGCGAAGACCACCUCUCCGAAGAAAGAAGAUGACAUCGUUGUCGUCGAGGCGGAGGAUAAGGUUAACGGUGAGAGCGUACAGAAGGAAAUGGAGAAGGAACGUCUACUUCAGAGAACAAGAUCGUGGCUUACGGGGACUGCCCUUGCCAUGGCGAUUGUCGGGCUCUGGGGGGACAGGUUCUGA